AUGCCGGCCUUCGUCGCUCCGCCAAUGGACUGGGCUCCCGCCGAGGCUGCAGCCCCGUUCCUGGGCGAGGAGGAGUUCUUCGACGCCGCCCAGGCCCCGCCACCGCCGGGGAUCUUCUUCGGCAAUGGCAUGGACGCAGGCGUGGCCUUCUGUCCGGUGCACGGAUACGGCCCUUGCCCUGCCUGCGAUUUCUGCCCCGUGCACGGGUACGGGCCGUGCCCUCCACCGCCGGCCACUCUACCACCGGAACCGGAGGUCAUCGAUGAGCCGCUCGCCUACCCAGACCUCCCAACGCCGACGCCCGCCGACGAAGACGAGGAGUACUUCGCCCCUCCAGGCUAUGGCCAUGUGCCCGCCAUGAUGGAGUGGGAGGUGACGCCGAACGAAGAGGAGGAGCAGUGGCUCAACUCCGUUGUGAAGCCGGAGCCAACCACACCAGCGGAGACCGACGAACCCUACGCCACCAUCCCCGACCUCAACACUGCCACCGGCAUGAAGAUUGAGGAAGCGGCGUCGUCUUCCAAGGCCCCAGCAUCUCCGCCGCCUCCGCCCCCGGCAAGCCCGCGAACGCCUCCACCGGCAGCUCGCCGGAUCCUUCGCCGUUUCGCGGCGGCGCUGGAGCAGCACCGCCCCGGCCUCCGCUCCGGCUCCUGGGCCCCUGCAGGCCUCCACCUCCCCGGCUACGCUGCGGGGGGGCCGUCCUCCUCCUGA